CCAUCCUUGCUGAUUUCUCGGUUGACUUUGCUUGUGGAAAGUCAACAGAGAAAAUUGGAAGUGGACAUUGACUUUGGGAUGCUACAGUUAUCAUGUGAGCUGGUUGCCAAGCACAUUUCAUUUCAUGUGAAUGCAGGGCAGACUGUAUCUCAAGGACCAGUUCUAAAUACCAUUCGUUUAGUCCCAUUUGUAACUUGGAAUAGUUGCUGAAUGAGUAUUUGUUAAAUUAAGACUGACUGUAUUUGUGUUCUUCUAUUGCUUCUUGACCACAGGUAAAGUUCUAUGGCAUUUUUGGUUCUACUAUCAUAGGAAAUACUUUUUUUUGGUCUUUUUCGUUUUGUCAGUGUAAACAUGACAGAUCAAGAACAGCGAAUGAACUCACUGAAGAAAGAAGUGCGGUCACUGUUGACACCUGUCAAGGAAGGUCUUACUCCUUGCCAAUUAGAACAAGAAUACAAGUUUAUGAUAGGAAAAAUGCUUCCACUGCGUAUGUUGGGUUACCAUUCUGUUAUGGAACUAGUGAAGGACAUGCCUGAUACUGUUAACAUAUCUUCAAAAGGAGAUGGUACUGUUAUUCUUAAAGCUAUUGCUGAUGAAUCUACCAAAAGGAUUGCAAGCUUGGUUGCCAGACAAAAGAGCAGAUCUAAGCCACAACAUUCCAAACAUAACCUGAAUUUCUAUUCAUCUUCCACCUUUUGCUCUCAAGUGCCUUUGCACCCCCAACAUUCUCUAAAUUUGCCUCGACAUGGGGGAGGUCCUCCUAUUCUGCCCCCUGUUAUAAAAAGUGAGCUGAAGGAAAUGCUCAGAUUUUCCCCAGUUUUGCUCUCAGAUUUUGACAAAGCCUUUGCCCAAUGCUUUGGACGCAAAUUUGAAUUUGUGCGCUAUGGAUUCUUCUCAAUGUUUGAAGUGCUGAAUGCAGCUUCGGAUAUUAUUCAAAUUGUGCAAACAAGAGCAGGCUCUCUGCUGAUGUUAAAAGAACACCCUCUUACAAAGCAACCAGAAAUGUCAGAGUGCAAAAUGGCAGUCCAGUCAUGUGAAACAGAGCAAACUUUGCCUGUUGCUGUACCAGAACCUGUGGCAGAGAUGCCUUCUCCAGUUCUGCCUAUGGAUGUUCUGUGUUCAACCGCAGACCAGAAAUCUGAUGAUUUGGAAACACAUAUGAAACUAGUUGAAAGUCCAAAAGUGAGAACUGAGCUCAAGAAAGAAAUUAAGGUUGCCCUGGCCCAAAGAGGACCUGGAGGAAUAGUCAGCUCAGAACUUAAAGAAAAAAUUAAAAUUAUUGUAGCCCAGCACCCAAAUGGCCUCCAUGCUUCCAAGUUACCUGGAGAAUUUGAGGAGUAUUUUCAUGAAAAAUUGGCAGUAAGAAAGCUGGGUUUCUUAAAUUUGAUGGAACUUAUUGGUGCCCUUAAUGAUGUUCUCCGUAUUGAAUGCAGAAAAGGAGAAAAAGAUUGGCUCAUCUUUGACAUUGAUUCACAAAGCUUACCAGAUGAUGAACAAACAAAUGGUAAGAUUUCUCAGUCUGAUUUAUUAGCACAGCAGGAGGCCUCUGAAGAGCAGGAAGUGCCCACUUGGGAUUCCCCUUCUGAGGAUUCUAAGAAACUGGAGAUUAAGUUCAAUGUAGUAACAAAGAUGGUAAUGCCGCACCUAGGCAUGAAGAAAGAUAACAUUAUACAGGAAAUAAUGGAAGAAGAAAUACCACCAGAUUCUGUUCAAGAUGAAACUCUUUAUUGUCUCCCUAAACUUGACAAGAAUGCUUUUGUUGGAUUAUUUGUGGAGGACAUUGUGUCACCUUCACAAUUCCAUGUCCGGAUUUACGGUGGAGAAACUUCUGAUGAGCUGGAAAAUAUUAUGAUUGAGAUGAGACGAUGCUAUUCUAGUAAUUAUGUAGCUAAUCGUUAUGUCAUACCUGAAGCCUUCAUCCGUCCUGGCCAGCUUUGUUGUGUAAAGAAUUCUAAAGACAAAUGGUGGUACCGAGUUAUCAUUCAUCGACUCCUUAAUGACCAAGAAGUGGAAGUGUUUUACCCAGACUUUGGAAAUAUAACAAUAGCUCAAAAAUCUUCACUGAGGUUACUCAAACAUUGCUAUGCAAAACUUCCUGCCCAAGUUAUCCCUUGCUGUUUAGCCUGGGUGAAGCCAAGCAAGGGUGAUUGGUCUGACAGUGCUAUAAAGGAAUUCCGAAGACUGUGUGAGCUGAAAUUGCUGGUGGGACUGGUAGAUGAAUAUAUAAAUGAUGUCCUUUACCUCUUCCUUUGUGAUACCAGUUCCGAUGAUGAUGUCUACUUGCACGAUGUUUUGAAAUUAGAGGGUCAUGCACUCAUUUGUAGGGAGAACAUUCCUUCCAAGGGCUUCAAAGAGUUAAAUCCUUUUACGCUAUAUAUGAAACCAAACCAAAACCAGCAUGCUGAUUUCACAAAAGCUGACACUUCAUUGCUUCAGCAGGAAUUUCUUGUAAACUUCCCAGGAACCAAUUCAGAGACUUGCAAUAAUGAAGUAGUUUCACAGCACACAGCAAGCCAGUCCUCAUAUCCUGAAGUACCAUACCUGGAGCCAGUGUAUUUAAGCCAAGAAAUUUGGGAUGAGAACUGGUUGCCUUCAUCACAUUAUGAAAAAAAGAAAAAUGAGGAUGCAUCUGAUAAUUUACAUAAUGAUAUUAUGGUAGUUUCUCACCAGACCUCCGGUCAUGAAGGCAACAAAAAUAAGAUCCAACACAACCAAAGUGUGAUUCAAAAGACCAGAGAUGUGUCCAGUGCCAUUGAGACAGCAGAUGAUUCAAGUCUGGAACAUCCAAGUGAAAUUCUGAGCUCGAUGGCAGAUACAAAGACAGAAUCCUCUGUUGGAGAUAUACCUGAUUCUUUGUCACAAACAUUAGAAGAGUUUUAUGUUUCCAUUGUUCAUUCCGAGAAACCAGAAAAGCUGAGUCAAAAUGAAUCAGAUGUAAACAAAUUGUCUGUUUGCCAUUCCCAACUUUCUCCAUCAACAUCUGUAUUGCAUGGAAGACCUGCUUCAGAGAACACGGUUAAUGAUGAUGCUGGAAUUCGAACAGUUUCUGUAUAUAAUGCUAAUCAUUACUUUGAACCUUGUGCCCUUGGUCGCAAUGCCUUGAUCUUUACUGCUGAGCUUCAGGGAUCUCCAAAAUUCUUUAUUCCAUCCAGUCCAACUGUUGCCUUGGGAGCAUCUGCACGAUUAGCUGUCUCUGGUGGAUAUUUCCCCCUUAUCUUUAGGAAGAUGAAGAUAUCAUAAAACAUAAUUUCUUUCAUCUACAUGAGUUGGAACUUUAGUUCAGAUGUAGAGGGAAGAGGAGGAAGAGGAAGAGGAAGCCAUAUGACUUACAAAUCAUUGCUUUUUGGAUAUGCUUGAGAUGGCAGGUGGUAUAAUAUUUCAAACACUUUCAGUAUUCACUCUGAGUGACCAGGACCUUUACCAAUCAGCCAUCUUUUCUAAUACAUUUUUUAUACUGAAGUUUGCAGAUGACACAACAGUGAUCAGUCUCAUUCGAGACAAUAAAUCCGCAUACAGAUGGGAGGUUGAACAACUAGCCUCGUGGUGCGACCAGAACAACCUGGAAUUGAACACACUCAAAACUGUAGAAAUGGUGGACUUUAGGAGAAACUCUCCCAUACUACCACCUCUUAAAUACUAGACAACACAGUAUCAACAGUAGAGACCUUCAAAUUUCUAGGUUCUACCAUAUCUCACGACCUAAAAUGGACACCCAACAACCAAAAACGUCAUCAAAAAAGCAAAGAAAGAAUGUUCUUUCUGCGUCAACUCAGCUCAAACUGCCCAGUUCUACAGAGGAAUUAUUGAAUCUGUCAUCUGCACCCUAUAACUGUCUGGUUUGGUUUUGCAACCCAACAAGACAGACACAGACUUUGGAGGAUAAUUAGAACUGCAGAAAAAACAAUUGUUACCAACCUGCCUUCCAUUGAGGACCUGUAUACUGCACGAGUCAAAAAGAGGGCUAUGAAAAUAUUUACAGAUCCCUCACAUCCUGGACAUAAACUGUUUCAACUCCUACCCUCAAAAUGACACUACACACUGCACACCAGAACAACUAGACACAAGAACAGUUUUUUCCCGAAUGCCAUCACUCUGCUAAACAAACAAUUCCCUCAACACUGUCAUACUAUUUACUAAGUCUGCAUUACUAUUAAUCGUCUCAUCGUUCCCAUCACCCAUCUCCUCCCACUUAUGACUGUAUGACUGUAACCUUGUUGCUGGUAUCCUUAAGAUUUAUAUUGACUGUUUCCCUAUGAUUAUCAUUAAGUGUUGUGCCUUAUGAUUCUUGACGAAUGUAUCUUUUCUUUUAUGUACACCGAGAGUGUAUGC